AUGAAACUGUUAACAUUGUUUCUAUUGGCCAUCUGUGCCCUGGUCAAACCUUCUGUUCAGCAAGGUUUUGGUUUACAAAUGGGCGGCCCUGCCCAAUUUUAUGGAGUUGGAGGGGGUUGUAAUUGUCCUCCAGGACCUCCAGGUCCGUCCGGUCCCAAUGGGUUACCUGGUCCAGAUGGUGAUCCAGGCGAGAAGGGUCCUUCCGGCGACCCCGGAGACAUUGGUUCAGUUGGGCGCCCUGGCGAGCGUGGCCAUGAUGGUCGUCCAGGCCCUUCCGGUCCUAUUGGUGAAAAUGGUAGACGUGGUCCUCGUGGUUUUACUGGCGCUGUGGGUGCAGUGGGACCUAGAGGGCCACCUGGAUCCCCAGGUCCACGAGGUUUGCCAGGUGCUGCUGCAGUGGCGGCUCGCUCUAAUAUUUACGAUUUGGAUGAUUUCGAAUACGAUUUGGGUGAUGAUGAAUUUUAUUAA